AUGGCCAAUGGGGCGUCAUCCCUAGAACUCUCCGCUGGUCACGACAGUUCUGCAAGACCACCACCACCACCACCGUCCAUAGAGGAAGAUGAUGACAAACCAUAUGUUGAGCAGAGGCAAUUGAAAUAUACCGUAAAAGCGGAACCAGUUAUAUUUCCGUCUGAAUCUUCCUCACUAUCUCGGCAACAUUCAUCAGUACUACACACAACAAAUCACGUGCAACGAAAACAAGACGCAAUAACUACCGAAAUAAGAACAUUUGACAAAGAAGAAGUGAACGAAAAUUCGAACAAUAACAAUAAUAAUUCAUAUCAGCCUCAUCAAUAUCCAGUGGACAUCGUUGUCCGACCACAUAAUCCGAAUCGACAUUCAAAAACAACAGCCUCGUUACCUGCUACAUCAGUUAUAAAACAUCAGCGGUAUUCCGACUUAUACGGUCAGACAACAACAUUAACGAUGAACAGCGAUAAAACACCACACUCCUAUCAUUUAACACCUCCUUUAUUGAACAAUAGUGUAACUAAUUCUAGCGUUCGUCGUUCGAAUGAUGAUAGUCGCACAUAUUCAUUUCACGAAGAUUCAAAUUAUUAUGUACCACUCAAUCGAAAAUAUACAAUGCAAGCAGCAAAAUCACACGGAGAUCUUUCCUGUCAUAAUCAACAUCCAAAUAACGGCAUCACUAGCCGCAAUCAUUCCAGUAACAACGAAAGUAUAAUGCAGCAGCGAUAUCGUUCAGAAUCACCACCACCCGUAUUAACAAAUAUGAAUAACUCACUUUUAACAAAAACUCUCAAUAGUAAUACAACAACUGAACAUAAUAUACAAGACUCUAAUAUUAGCAACAAUAAUACAUCUAAGCUAAAGAACGAUGAAAAAAAUUCAUCAAAAAUCCCGUUAUGGAAGCGUCUUAAAAAAAUUAUUGUUCCAAAGAGAAAAGAACGUUAUCGACCAGUGCAGCAAUAUCAACAACAAAAGUCUUCAUCCGAACAACAGAUAAUCGAGCAAAUAGGAGGUAAAACAGUGACAGAUGGAAUUUGUACAACGACCAGUAAAUCUCCAUUUCAAUAUCCAAUUAAAGUAAAUGAAAUACGUUCAUGGAUCAAACAAUUUCCUGAACAACGUAUUCGAGAAGAAUAUGAAAAAUUACCAACAGAAAUUCUUUAUCCUCGUACUGUUGCACUUAAACCAGAAAAUAAAUUAAAAAAUCGAUUUACAGCAAUCGAAGCAUACGAUCAUUCAAGAGUUAUAUUGAAACCAGUGGGAAAUGAUUCAUCCAGUGAUUAUAUUAAUGCUUGUUAUAUCGAUGGUUACAAAACACAAAAAAUGUACAUUGCUGCUCAAGGUCCAACUGAGCAUACAAUGUACGACUUUUUACGUAUGAUAUGGCAAUUACGUAUAGAGUACGUUAUUAUGGCAACAAGAUUGUUCGAAGAAGGUAAGAAUAAAUGUGCACAGUAUUGGCCCGAUGAUGGUGAAAAAAAGGUGAAUGAUUUGCGUAUUAAAUUGGAAUCAGAAGAUAAAUAUGCUGAUUAUGUAAUUCGACGAUUAUCCAUUUAUAUGCAACAUGAUCCAUCCAACAUUGUAACAUUUAAACAAUAUCAUUUUGUAUCCUGGCCAGAUCAUGGAGUUCUGUCUCUAACGACGGUUAUACUUGAUUUUAGACAGCGGUUUCGAGAAGAUUACUCAGAGAAACCAAUUGAUCCCAUUUUAGUACACUGCAGUGCGGGUAUCGGUAGAACAGGAACGUUUAUUGGAUUAGAUUCGUUACUUGAAAUGUCGCUAGAACAAGAUACCAUUGAUGUACUAGAAUUUACGUAUUUAAUGAGACAAAAGCGUGUAUAUAUGAUUCAAACAGUUGAUCAAUAUGUAUUUUUAUAUCGAGCGUUAAUCGAAGGCAUUUGGACAUCAGAUACGAAUAUACCAAUAGACUUUUUUAAAAAAAAGUUUAAAAUAGAUACUAAAGCGCAGUAUAGACUUCUGGAACAGUUUCAAUCAACAAUCGAAUUAAAUUAUCAAAGCGCAUUAGAUCCUAUUAAUAUUAGUAAAAAUCGUUUGGAUACAAUAUUAGCAUGUGAUUCGGGCCGUCCUUAUUUGAUGACACAAAUCGAUAAAUGUACAGAUUAUAUAAAUGCUGUUUAUGUUAAUGCAUACAGGCAAGCACCUGUCUAUAUUGUGACACAAUAUCCAUUACCAACAACAGUUGUCGAUUUUUGGAGACUAAUUUACGACCAUAACAUUAAUAUUAUUAUGCUGCUAGAGAUGAUACCACGAGAUACGGUAUGA